AUGCACUUCUGUCUUUGGAACGCCGCUCAAACGUUUCAAUGCUUCAUAGACCAGGCACUGCGUGAUUUAGACUACGUUGUCGCUUACAUUGACGACGUAUUGCUGGCAAGCAAAACGAUCGAAGAAAACAAAUCAUACUUGCAAGCCAUCUACGAAUGUUUCCAACAAUAUCGUAUCACUAUCAAUCCAGAUAACUCAAUUACUGAAUUCAAUUUGGAUGCUGAAUCUGGACGAACUUUCGAAAGUUGGUUCAAGAAAUAUGAAGACAUGUUUCAAACCGACUUCGCUCAGUUUGAUGAUGCAUGGAAAGUUCAACUGUUGCUGCGGAAACUGGGGACAGCUGAACACGAUCGGUUCACAAAUUUCAUACUCCCCAAACUCCCUCGUGACCUUGGUUUCGCAGAUGCUGUCAAAAUUCUGGCCCAAAUAUUCGGUGAGCAAAGUUCCUUGUUCAAUAUUCGUUAUCAGUGUCUCAAGAUUACCAAAAGGGAUACUGAGGAUUUCAUCACAUAUGCCGGUGUGGUCAACAGAGAAUGCGAGCGCUUUCAGCUCAGCUCCAUGACCGAGGAUCAAUUCAAGUGUCUCAUCUUUGUGGCUGGUCUUCAAUCACCACACGAUGCAGAUAUUCGGACCCGGCUACUGAAUCGAAUUGAACAGGAUCCAGAGUUGACGCUUCAGAAACUUACCACCGAAUGCCAGCAUCUUAUCAAUCUCAAGGCUGAUGCUGCCAUGAUUGGACAUUCCAAAUUAUCUCAGCCGGAUAUGGUAUGCAAAGUAACUUCCAAAAGGAAGUCAAGUUCAAAACGAACUCCAAGAAAACCGCCCACACCCUGUUGGUUUUGUGAAGAAUGGCACUAUUCACGCCACUGUCCCUACCGGAACCACAGGUGCAGUAAGUGCAGUCGAAAGGGUCACAAAGAAGAAUGCUGCAGAGACAACUUCAGGAGCUCGCGCAAACACCGACCCGACAAAAGGACGCAGGCAGAGGCUGUGACCGCCACAUUCAGGAUGAAAUCACCUGGUCGACGUAAAUUUGUCACAUUAUGUAUCAAUGGCACACCAGUUACUCUCCAACUGGAUACAGGUUCUGACCUCACUCUGAUUUCAAAACGAACCUGGAACGAAAUUGGAAGGCCACCAGUGGAACCCACAAAGUGCAUCGUUCGUAAUGCAUCUGGUGGAAGCCUCAAACUGACCGGGAAGCUGAACUGUUCCGUAACGUUCAAGGGAAUUCAUCUCAGUGGCACUUGUUACCUCACGAACUACACAGGCCUUGAUCUCUUGGGCCUGGAUUGGAUUAAUGAGCUUCAACUGUUGGAUGAACCCCUCAAUGCCGUUUGUGACGAAACAACUGCAAACGGCCCCGAUACGUUCACGAGAACAUCACGUCCUGACGAUUUUGUGGUCGCUACAGUUGCAGCCAAACCGGAGACCAGAUGGAGCAUACGCGACACAGCGACUAUUCAGCUUCUGGCGUCCGGCAGCGGUAGCCCUCUCACCUCAGUGCAAUUUGGUGAACCCUCCCAGCAGCCCGCAACGUUUCACCCGCGAUCUGAACCGUUCAGUUUACAGUCGCAGGUUCAGGCGGAUCGUCCUACUGCUAUCCGGAAAGUCAAGGAAGUGGGGCCGGCAGAAGGGACGCCACAACAGUCACACAGAGACCAGCCACCGAUUCAAAUAUAUGAGGAAUGCUCUCCACGGUGGACGCAGGGUCGACGAUGUCAAACACGAGGCACACGUAAGAACAUCAGCACAUCCGCGUCAAGUGAACCAACUUCAGGCAACAGACUGCGGUCUGGUGAGGGGACCACGUCGCAUUGGAAACCGGACAGCCGUGACAUACCUCCCAAGUGGAGGGUACCGGAUUCCAGAUCAGCAUGCUGGCAGCCCCAGGGACGGACCGACGUGCGACAGAACCUACAUGAGUCGUCACAGUGGAGUUCAAAGCAGCAGUCGGCUGGACAGCUCUCUGAAGGGGGAGGUGUUCGGGGGCCAGCCGUUCCUAAUAACCGAACAUCACACCAUUUGUGCGCAUGCGUCACGUGCAGGACACGGGCCAGUCGUAGGCAUGCCCUGAUUGGUCAGAAUGCCAGCCAAUCCGAGUCAAGCACCUUGACUCGACGGUUCUCGCCCCCUCACGGACAUUCUGGCACGACCUUGUGGAACACUGUGACUACCCUAUAUAUAUACAGUUGUGAACGACAGCCAGAGACCGACAAGAACAAAACCGACCCGGGAAACUUGGGCAAAAGCCUCGAUCCUGUGUAUCAAUCCGUGAAUCCCCUCAUGCUUGUGGAUAAACCGAUUGAGAUGGUAGACAAAUUUGUUUACCUGGGCAGCCGUAUCAGUCCCGGUGGUCUCACGAAAGAUGAGAUUUCCAUCCGGAUUGGGAUGGCCAGAACAACUUUUGCGAACCUGUGGCGUAGACGUGACAUCAGCUUCUCUGUCAAGGGUCGAGUUUACAAUGCUGCGGUGCGCUCCAUAUUACUAUAUGGAUCAGAAACCUGGCCGCUGCGCGCCGAGGACGUCAAAAGACUUUCAGUGUUUGAUCGCCGAUGUCUUCGGAGCAUUGCCCGAAUCUGGUGGGACACCGGAUCAGCAAUUUUGAAUCGCGCCCUCAAUGGCGCUCAUGCAUCCAAGCUAUUGUCUUCAAUGCAUGGCUCCUUUUCCAACCCCUCGCUUGACAGCCCACUGACAGUGCUGGAUUUAUGCACCAAUUUAUCAGCUCCCGCCUGCAAUGCGCAGCUACCUACCCAUCCCCCCAAACCAUCAGUGAACGAAACUGCGGCAGCUACAACCACCGCACAACGAACUGUUAUCCCAGCGUUCUCCACACCCACGUCGCAUACAAUGCCUAUUGCUAGUCACGCAUUACAGGGGCUACAAGAAAGGCCACUGCGACCGAAAUCUCACGUAUCCCAUCCGUCCGUUCCCGGUCAGGCCAGUACCCAGGCAGCCUGCCUUUCGGCGUCAGCCGCCAUACCUGCAGUUCAUCUGACGGCCUUCAACGUUUGUAAACAAGCCGGACAACAGACUGCUCUUGAAUGUACGCUGGACUCGUUUUCUGUUUAUGUGUGCUGCCUUUACGAAGCGAGGGUUCAGGAACCAAAUAUGGUUAUUGAAUUGACCUUCCCGUUGUUUUCUGAUGAUCCAGAUACCGCUGCCUCUGGUUCUGCUCCUGUUGGUACUGCUCUAAGCCACCGAGAUGAAAGGUCUCUAUUUGAAACGUCACCCGUUGAUAAUCCCUCCGAGGUGCUUCGCGCGAGAGGUUUAGUGCCAACCCUCGUAAAUUCCUCUGGCUUAUCGGCUCCGACAAAUCUGUACGGAUUACCAACCGCCAACCAUGCCUAUUUGACGCAUCCCAGUGCCCCUCGUCACCCAUUUAGCCAGAUGCACGGUUCAAUGCCGCGGAUUAGUGUAUUCAACAGUCUGUCACCUCCUACCUGCAUCCCAGCACCCCUUCCCACAACAUCCAACAAUCAGCCGAGCAACACCGUUACUGCCACCUCUUUUCAAUCCAAACCGAGGACUAUUCGACCCAACAGACCGGACCUUCCUCCGAUGGCGAUGAACUGUGGCAGACUUGUUCCCUCAAGAUUUCCAAACCCUCCGAAGUCACUGAAUGCCCCAAUCCUGGGUUCGCAUCAGCAAACACAAAUCGCCAGUGGCCUACCGACGCCGACCCUGGAUGCCACCAGUCCAGGGCUGGGAGUUGGAGAAGCCCGUCUCUCCUUACUCACAACUUCGCCAGAACAAUUGGCAAGUCUUUCUUAUCAUAUCUGGGCUUGUUGUGAAUUCCAUUGUCUUCUAUCUCACUCUCCCCUUCAUGCCACCAUCACGAGCACAACAACGACAACUACUGCCACGGCACACGCUGUGACGAGAAUUGUUAGCCCCGUCUGUUCAACCAGCACGAGCACAGCUCACACUGGACCCAGUCUGGUGAACAGCGGAACCUCCGUUCAGUCUGCCGGUGGGACAGUGACGACUACUACUGCGUCACCCGCUCUGGGGUCAGUGUCCUUUUCCGGUACCAACGCGGAUUCAGACGGCACAGACGCAUCCGCCCUGGUCCCCGUAGCCUGGGGACGUGUGGUCCGUAUGGCAGAUGGGGCUCUCCAUUUCCCUGGAAUCGGUCGACAGCUAUUCUCUAACCCACAGUCUGUACUCCAAAGAAUUCGUGCGGCUGCCUCCCCAGAUGACAGCUUCUCGUUGCAGGCUUUUGCUAAAGAAUCCCGCGUGUCUUCCUCUUCCUCUCAGCUUCCCCCGAAUUCAAUCGAUUUUGACAUACCAAUGGAGGCGCGCACAAAUAACCUGAUGAAGCGCACCUCAACGGAUUGUGGAUCACGAAAAGGAUUCCAUGUCUGCCUCUGCUGCCAGCAGACAUUCACCAGUCCAUCUCUGUACGACAGCCACAUGUUGCGUCCCCUGGCACGUAUCUUUUAUCGAUGUCACAUAUGUCGGGGCUCAGAAACGGCACACCUUACCUCGGUAGAAGAGAACCCAGCGGUCGACCUACACAUGUCUGUCGUCGAUUUACUGAAUUCAUUUGGUUCGGACGCUUCCUCCGGGCCUUCCGCUGCUAUAAGUGGUGGUUCUGUCGGUCCUCUGACUAACACAUCUGCUGGCACAAUACAACAACAACUCCCCUCGCACUCACCCUACUGUACUGUGCUCUUUGGUGGAAUUGUUAAAGCCUUCAACCGAUGUGCAGUCUACUCCCAUUUCGCUCACGCGCAUCCCAACGAAGUCGAUUUGUGGACUUUACAGCCCAGUCGCAUCUCCGUGUGUCCUUUGGCUGAGUCAGCCUGGGAACCCUCAACACUGGAGCUCAAUGGCACGGAUAUAGUUCUGGCGACGUGCGUUUCCGGGAUGAACAGUACCACUCACGACGGUGCGUCAUUGCCUCAGAUCCCCGCUCUACCCUCCACCCUGUCGUCGCGUUUGCCAGAACCAGAUACUGGCCGUCAACCUUCGUCGUCCCCAGUGUCACACCCAACCAGUGUAUCGGAACCCGUCAAUCCUGUGAUAAACGACAAUCUGUCGGAGGAUGGGAAUCGUGCGGCCAAAAAACUGGAUGCCUCUUUUCCCUAUCGUCCAGGAGUGGAACUGGCUGAAGUGUGGAAUGAUUUGGAGCAAGCGAUCAACGAGGCCAUACUUCACCACGGUCUCAAUCUCCUCGGUCCUUCUGAUGGAUAUAUUGAUUUUACUGGUGCUUCCAGCACGCUCAUGGCUUCUUCGUCCCUUGCGUUCGACUCAAGACAUUCCACAGUGACGAAUUCUCCUGCAUUGCAACGAAUCUUCACACCCACGUCAGACUCGUCCUUCAGUGCCGCAUCUUCUUCCGGACCCAUUCUACCUUCGCCCAACUCGACGCUCUCUGAGACAAUCCUUCAUUUGGCCCGCGCUCCAGUAUGGUACAGCCACUUUUUCCUCACCGAUUGGUCGCAAGUCCCCAGUAUGGCGACGGUUUCCAGUGAACCCGAGUCUUCUCAAGCAGAUCAGCCAAUCAUCGAUGAGAACCACUCACAAUGGCCACUGGAGAACGAAGACGAGCGUGACAAGUUGGCUGAAAAGAAGCCCUUGCUGCUCCGGUGUUCCCACCAGAUUCGGGCAAUGCUCCGAAGACAUCGAUGGUCAAACACUGAAAGUGAUCAGAACGAGGCCAUACUUCACCACGGUCUCAAUCUCCUCGGUCCUUCUGAUGGAUAUAUUGAUUUUACUGGUGCUUCCAGCACGCUCAUGGCUUCUUCGUCCCUUGCGUUCGACUCAAGACAUUCCACAGUGACGAAUUCUCCUGCAUUGCAACGAAUCUUCACACCCACGUCAGACUCGUCCUUCAGUGCCGCAUCUUCUUCCGGACCCAUUCUACCUUCGCCCAACUCGACGCUCUCUGAGACAAUCCUUCAUUUGGCCCGCGCUCCAGUAUGGUACAGCCACUUUUUCCUCACCGAUUGGUCGCAAGUCCCCAGUAUGGCGACGGUUUCCAGUGAACCCGAGUCUUCUCAAGCAGAUCAGCCAAUCAUCGAUGAGAACCACUCACAAUGGCCACUGGAGAACGAAGACGAGCGUGACAAGUUGGCUGAAAAGAAGCCAAAAUCUCGGUGUAUAGUUCCACCCCCGGCUCCUUCGAACAACGAACUCAAUGAUGUACUUCUAAACUUCGUGCAACACGUGCGCUCAUCAACUGCUCCGAUGUGUGACGCCUCUUCAACGCAGCGACCUUCGGAGACAUCCAUUCCUGUUUCCACCUCAGAACCAUCAUCCUUCCAAUCGCCUUGUUCCAAAUCAGCUCCAACACCUCCCCCAGAGGAUACCGAACGUGGAUUCCUCCGGUGUCUCCUUUGCUCCUACAAAACCAAUCAUCCAGAUCAUCUGACCAGACACCUUUCUGGUUCGCGAAACACCGUAUCGACCAAGUGUGCAUUGUGUGGGCAAUCGGUCUGCGUUCAACAACCGGCGCUCUGUGCGGCAAAGGCACACCUGCUCCUCCAUCUAGGUUAUUACAUCAUGUGCCCCAACUGUGGAUUCACGGUUAAUAACAGUAAACCUGUUUCUUUAAUCAGCUGGUUCGCUGCGUAUUGUGUUUCCGUACAUCAUAUAUCUACUCCGUUCCACAUUCCACGCUCUAUUGAACAGCCUCCUCCCCACCUGGCUCCCGAUGCCGCGGAACUUUGCAUGCGGCUCCAUUUGCGUUUCGUCUGUUUUCACUUUAACUUGCUGCAAGUGUUUGUCUGCUCCCGCUGCCAACACGGGCGCGGAAAGGCGUACAAUACCAUGGCUCAUCUGUGUCAGCACAUUUUCGACAGCCACACUCAACGGCAGCACGUUUGCCUGUGGUGUGCUAGGCAGUCGUCGAACGACUCGACUGCACAAUCCGCCUCCACGGGAGUUUUGAGAAACACGCCGGGUGCCGAGUCUGGUUCGGCCGCAUCUAGCACAAGAUCAUCAGACCCAAUCGAACAUGAUGACAUCCAUAAUCAACCAUCACAAAAUAUCGUUGACAGCUCUUCUGUUCCUCUCAGUCGAUUCGGUCCUCGUUAUACCACGCCAAAGGAUCUACUGGCCCAUGUUAAACGCGUUCAUAAGCAUGUCCUUUUGUUCUCAUCUCCUGAGAAUGUCAUGGCCACGAACGGCCAGGACGCUUUGGACCAGCUUCCUGGCGACCUGACACACGGGAAACAAUCACAACUACGCCACUCGCAGUCGGUACGCAGCAUUGACUCAGUGGAUUUGACCAAAUCCACCAACGGGGAAUUACCGAUCACAAAUGGGCCAACUUCAGUUUCUGCUAAAUCUCGUGGCCCACCACCCGAUUCGACCGAAUCCGACAAGGCCACCACCGGUCAAUCGAUUCAUCUGGUUCCGGCCGUGGACUUCACCUAUGUUCACAGUUGUCCCGACUGCGACGAAGUGUUUGAAAAUCGGGAUACAUUUGCUCAACAUUUUCGGGCAUCUCACUUCUCGAACUGCUCCGGUGUCUGUUGCUACCGUUGUUUUGGUUCUUGCAAGCGAUUAUCCUUCGACCUGGCUGAAUUUCAUGAACACUUGGUGACAUGUCCGAGUGCGCGGGAUUUGUUUGUGGCCACUUUCGCACAUAGUCGCUCAGGAACAGUCCGAUCCGCCAAUCCUGACCAUCGAUCGCAUACCGGUGAUUGUGCUUCCGUUCGAGGGCACAGUCAUCCCUUGUGUUUCUGUCUUCACUGUGGCAUCGGAGCUCGCCGGCCGGGUCCUCAACCUCGUUUUUCAGGCGAAGAUGAUUGUUCCACCCCCAAAAGUUCCGUGGUCCCUGGUGAUGAGAGAUCCAACUCUGAACAGACCCCAGGAACUCCACAGGCGACGGACGUCGCCAUCGGCGACACUCUGCCGACUACCAUCAAGGAGCCGGUGUACGAUGCACGCUAUUUCCCCGACUUGCACAGUCUGCACCAUCACGAAUCCCAGUUUCACUUCACUCCGACCAGCAGUCAAAUUGCUUGUCCUUGGUGCGGACGCCGGUUGUCGUGCCACAGCACCGCGGACAUGCGCUUCACCAUGCAUCACCUAAGGAGUCAUACGAAAAAACACCCGUUUGCCGCAUGGAGUUUGGAGCGCACACGCAAGUGGAACCGAAACGCUAAAGCUCUAUCGCAUUGCAUUUGUGGUGCCGCACUGUUAGACUCCCCGUUGGCUGUGCUUUCUCACGCAUCCUCCCAUCUACUCCUGUCCCGUCCGAGCAAGCUCAGUACGACUUCGAAUCGUCUGUUUCUCACCGACGCGUGGACGCCACACCUUCGUUUGCAAUCGACGACAGAUGUCAUCGGGCUGUCACCGGUGAACGAUCGCCCUCUUAUCAGUUGUAUCAGCUCUUCGUCCUCUCUCCGCCGUCUGCACCGGCCAAGUCCGGGUGCUCACAUCCCCUGCAUGGUUGAUGUCUAUCACCAUUUGCGCUUCGCUGUAUCGCCGGAGUUGGAUCACUACCUGGACCACGCGUCACUCGUCAGUGACCCGUUUGUCUGUCCAUUGUGCUCGUCGUCAAUGACCACCCGAUGGGCUCUUUCCGAGCACGCUUUCGUGGAACAUUGGGGUCUUCUUUGUUUCAUAUGUUGUUUGCUGCCACCGUCAAACACGCCGAGGGGCCCAGACAAAAGACCCUCGUCACCUACCACCAAUCAUCAUCAGCCGAGCAAAGAGACCUCCGGCGCGGCCUCACAUGGGACUACCGACCAGACUAAUACCAGUUCUUCUCCGACCGACGCCAUGUUGGUUUGUCCUGCUCCUACAGCAUCCCUACGUCCACCACAAUCUGCCAUAUCAGCCGUUUCAGAGAACGCAUCUUCCACGGGGACAGUCAACAUUUGGGAGCACAUUUAUCGCUGCAUGCGUGAGCGAAGUGAGUUGCUGCAGAGCAAACAGCCAGAGUCAACAGGGCAGUCCACUACUACCGGUCUGCGUCAACCAGGCACUACUGUGAAAUUGGAUAAAUUUGGAUGCGGAGCAGGUUGGUGCCGAAGUCAACUGUCUUCAAACAAAAUCAACGGACAGUCCGAGUCGAACACUGGCAGUUUCAAACGGUGUGCUGAUGGCAAUGUACAUGAAGUCGAUCCAGCCGAUUGCAUCUUGGUUGACAGUUCACCUGAAGUCUCUCCACGUUCUGAACGUACCAGUGUGACUGCAUCUGAGUCUGACUAUACAGCCGGAUCUCAACGAAGCAAACGGCGACUAGUCAUCGUGGAUAACGAUGACCAAGAGCAGCAGGUUGAUAGAUCUUCCUUGCGGGAUGCUACAGACAGUCCAAAAAAUGACGGUGUUCUCAAUCGGACGGAAGACUUGACCGGGAACGUUGUUGUGACGCAACCGCUACGCACAUGUUCUACGCGGUAUUCGGAAUUGGGAAAUUCUGCUUCCAAAGACGAAUCAGGUUCAUUUCUGUGCAUCAUUUGUGGCGAACAGCAGACGUUGGACACGUGGGAAGACCAUUCACUGUCUCAUCGUAAUCCGCAAAUGCCUUGGAACGGCAUCCAACUUUCCGAUCCACGUCGUCUUGUCCUAAUGCACCGGCAGACGAAGAUAUACAAAUGUUACAUUUGUGAUCGCCGGUUUGUGACGCGCUUCGGCUGCCAACGCCACAUGACCGGCCGCCACAAAAUGGCCAAGAGUCGCAUUUCGUGGGACCUCCUGACGCAAUCUCCGAGUACUGCACAUGGUAGCAGAUCUCCGGAUCGCCAGUGUAAUACAGUUGCUCGGAAAUCCAACUUGACAAGCCUACAUCGGUGUAACACUCAGCCGUUGCCCGCUCCACCACCCUAUCCGAGGACCAGCGAGUAUGCACCGACGCUUCGCCAACCUCCUGCUGUCGACAACAGUUCGCACUCCACCGACGCCCAGCAGCCACUUGGGUCUUCGGUGGCGGUGGGCGCACACUGCUCUGCUGAAAGCGCCGCUCCUCCUCCGACGGAAUCGCAACAACAACAACAACAGCUUCACUACUGCAACGUGUGCCGCAUCCCGUUCAUGUCUCAGCUCAGUUUUUCCAUACAUCUCGCGGCCGCUCACAACGCGUCCGUUACGUAACAAUCAGGAUUACGACCGUUAUACUUCGGCAAUCGGUUUUCUCCACAUGUACGCACGUCCCUCUCUCUCUCUCUCCUUCACGCCCGUUCCGCUUUCAUCUAUUGGGGCUGUGUUAUUGUUCGGUUUAUACUCGUUCUGUUGUACAGAGUUUCUUAUUCUUUACACACACACACACUUUGCGUUCUCUCGCGUUAUUCGUUGGGCUUUUUCAAUAGGCGAGCGUGUACACACUUGUGUAGUUUGUGUGAAUGCAAAAAUUUCGAUAUGAG